CACCUCUAGGAGGAGGGUUGCGACUGCGAUUCCUGGCGAGGCAGAAAGUUUAGAUGACCUUAUGAAAGAGAGCGAGAGCGCGGGAGAGGAGGCAGAAAGAAGGAAGGGAAGGAAGGAAGGAGGGAAGGAAGGAAGGAAGGAAGGAAGGAAGGAAGGAAGGAAGGAAGGAAGGAAGGAAGGAAAAAAGAAUGUAAAAAUUCUUGCAGGGCUUUCGAGAGCCGGACCGUGUGAGGAGCGGGCACGGAGCCCUUCCCUCCGGUGCCAAGCGGCCCUUUCUCUGAUUCUGCCCGAAAUGCCCAGGUUUGGGUGAAGCGGACUCAGCGGACUCUGCAGAGCAGCCCUUCCUAACCAGGUGGGUGUUUUCCAGCCCACUCCUAAAGUGAAGCUGUUGCCCCCAAGACAUUCUCCAAGAAAUCCCCGGCCAAGAGAGUAUUUGUGGCCGAUGGACAAGCGGGCAGCUGCCUUCUAACCACCGGGAUGGAGAAGGCAGCCCCCAGCAAGGAGACCCAGCCGCUCACGUCCCCGAAGGAGGCUUCAGACUGCAAAGAUGGGAGCGACUGCGCCGAGAAGAGAAGACUCCUGGCCAAGGCAACCAAGCCGACCUUAGAACUGACGGAGGGGGUCCAUAAGGCCCAUGCCAGCCAGGGGGACAAUGGGCCCACCAGCCCAGUGUCCAAUGGGUUUUCCGGAGCGCAGAGCCCCCCCGGCCCUGGCAAGGCGGCCAGAGAUGGCCAGGGCCUUCCCUCCACUACUGCUGCCAUCCUGGGUGUGGCAGAACCCCAACAGCCCCCGAUGGAACGGCGGGAGAGGGAGACCUGGAGUAAGAAAAUGGACUUUCUGCUCUCCGUCAUUGGCUAUGCAGUGGACCUGGGCAACGUCUGGCGCUUUCCGUACAUAUGUUACCAAAACGGAGGAGGGGCCUUCCUCAUACCGUACGCAAUCAUGGCCAUCUUCGGAGGAAUCCCACUUUUCUACAUGGAACUUGUGCUGGGGCAGUAUCACCGCAAUGGGUGCAUCUCCAUAUGGAGGAAGAUCUGCCCCAUCUUCAAAGGAAUCGGCUACGCUAUCUGCAUCAUUGCUUUCUACAUCGCAUCCUACUACAACACCAUCAUGGCCUGGGCCUUGUAUUACCUCGUCUCUUCCUUCAGCAGCGAACUGCCCUGGACCAGUUGCAAAAACUCUUGGAACACCCCCAGCUGCAAGAAUUACUUCUCCAACCAAAGCAUUGCUUGGACAGCCAAUUCCACCUCCCCGGCAGAAGAAUUCUAUACCCGCCACGUUCUUCAGGUGCACCGAGCGAAGGGGCUGGAUGAUCUUGGAGGAAUUAGCUGGCAGCUCACCCUCUGUCUGCUGUUUAUCUUCACCAUUGUGUACUUUAGCAUCUGGAAAGGGAUCAAAACAUCUGGAAAGGUCAUCUGGGUGACAGCCACCUUCCCAUAUGUCGUCCUCUUCAUCCUCUUGAUCCGGGGAGCCACCUUGCCUGGAGCCUGGAAAGGGGUGCUCUACUAUCUCCAGCCUGACUGGCAGAAGCUUCUUACGACCCAAGUGUGGGUGGAUGCAGCUGCUCAGAUCUUCUUCUCCCUUGGACCGGGCUUUGGUGUCCUGCUAGCUUUUGCAAGCUACAACAAGUUUCACAACAACUGCUAUCAAGAUGCCCUCGUGACCAGUGCCGUCAACUGCCUGACGAGUUUCAUAGCCGGAUUUGUCAUCUUCACCGUGCUUGGCUACAUGGCGGAGAUGAGGAAGGAACCUGUGUCAGAGGUCGCCAAGGAUACUGGGCCGAGCCUGCUUUUCAUCACCUACGCAGAGGCCAUCGCAAACAUGCCUGCCUCCACCUUCUUUGCCAUCAUUUUCUUCCUGAUGCUGAUCACCCUUGGGCUGGACAGCACGUUCGCAGGCCUGGAGGGGGUCAUCACCGGCGUGCUGGAUGAGUUCCCGCACAUCUGGGGCCAGCGACGGGAAUGGUUUGUGCUGAUUUUCAUCAUGAUGUGUUUCAUGGGCUCUUUGUCAACGCUGACCUUUGGAGGCGCAUACGUGGUGAAACUCUUUGAAGAAUACGCAACGGGGCCGGCCGUGAUAGCUGUGGUGUUUCUGGAGUCCAUUGCGGUGGCCUGGUUCUAUGGCGUCACCCAAUUUUGCAGCGAUGUGAAAGAGAUGCUUGGAUUCAGCCCCGGCUGGUUCUGGAGAAUCUGCUGGGUGGCCAUCAGCCCGGUCUUCAUCCUGUUUAUCAUUUGCAGCUUCGUAGCCAGCUCUCCGGACAUCCGCCUCUUCGACUACAGCUACCCGUAUUGGACCGUGGUGCUUGGCUACUGUAUCGGGACAUCAUCCUUCAUCUGCAUUCCUGCCUACAUGAUUUACCGGUUGGCAAGGACUCCAGGGACGCUGAAAGAGCGCCUCCUGAAGAGCAUCACUCCAGAAACGGCAACGGAGAUUCCCUUCGGUGACAUCCGUAUGAACGCCGCUUAGGUCGCCCCCGUGCUUGGGGCCGAUGGGAGAGGCGAGGAAGAGGGCCGAUCCCUGCCUCCUGCUGCUCUCAGCCCUUGUCCAAAGAUGGGAAUGUCCACCGGGGAGCGUGCUUGGGGACGGAGGCGGGUGAAGAUCUCCAAGCGUUUCGGGAACAGAUGGGCCGGGGCCCCUGGCCCGGGACUCUUUCGAAUGCACGUGACUUUGCUUUGGACACUUGAGUGCAAGUGAAUGCUCACCGCCCUCCUCCCCAGACCUGGAUCUGUCCGAACGCAUGCAUGGUUUCACUCGGCCUCCAUUGGGCGUCUGUUGCGAGUUAGGAUUGUGUUAGAUCCAUCUAUCUGUGCAAGCGUCCCCGUCCGUUCUCAGUGUGACCCUCUGUGAUAGACCCCUGUCGUAUUUGCUGCAAAGGAUCUCAGUAUUUUUCACCAAGGUGGGAAAAAAAACACAAAACAAAAGCAGGAACAAUUUAUUCCAGUUUGCUGAUCACUGUCUUACCUUAGUAACCCUAGCAAGCAGCUGGCCCAAACCCUCCGAGAGAGAGGUCAUGGCAGGCUCUGUGCAACUUGCCCAAGAUCGCUGGAAGGCAAGGAACGGAAGUUCUGGAUGCUCCUGCUGGGGGAAAAACAUUCCUUGCAGCUGGAAAACUAGCCUGUCUGAGGAGCUCGAAGGAGAAAAACGCUCCUUUGACAAAACAGUCCGUGUGCAUGAAUUGUUUGGGGUGGUUUCCCUUAAUGGAGGGGGCAUUUAUCCCUGCCCGUCUGAAACCAAUUCAGUCCAGCAAGGCUGUCCCAGGUGGUCCUCCUAAACCUGGGCUUUAGGCAGCCUCUAACUUAGCUGGGUUAGAGCAUCAUCCGGGUGCCACCUCUUAAGAUCAGCUGCCCGCUCAGCAUCUCCCACCCCACCCCACCCCACCCAAAGGAGGUCAGGGGACAGCAAGUGGUCAGCGGGUGUGGCAAGAUGCCCUCUCCCGCCUGGAUGUAUUUUCACCUGCCCACAAAAUGCAGACUCCAGGGAUAAACAAGAGCAACCUCCUUGGAUUUGGAACCCAAACAGUACAUGCGCUACGCCGAUGAUCCAGCACCAAGCCAGCAUUGUUGGAAUAGUAAUAAUAAUAAUAAUAAUAAUCCUGAGGCCAAUUCCCCUGCAGUGAAGCUGCAGCAGAGGGAAGGGCAAAGAUUCCUCUCCUCCCCACUGAGUGUGCAAGUGUGUGUCUGCUCACUCCAUUUCAUUGCCAAUCUAAAUUUCAUAGCAGCUGCUACAGCACGAGAUCCUAUUUGCAGGAAGCUGGCAGUGAAGUUUCCUCCUUGUGAAACAGACACUACUUGCUUUUUUAAAGAUGGUUCACCUAUAAGCUGGUGGAACCACAUGGUAGGUGUAGGUGUGUGUGUGUGUGUGUGUGUGUGUGUGUGUGUACACACUAGUACUCCAAACAAGUUGUGAAACCACUCAGUCAACUGGGCUAUAUUAAAGCAAUCUAACACAGUGUUUCUCAACCUUGGCAACUUUAAGCUGUAUGGACUUCAACUCCCAGAAUUCCCAGCCAGCCAUGGAAUUCUGGGAGUUGAAGUCCAUACAGCCUAAAGUUGCCAAGGCUGAGAAACACUGAUCUAACACAUACAAAACUGUGAACAGAAUUUAUUAUGCCCUUGGACAGGCACCAUUUGGAACAUCCCCAUCUGUGGAAUCAUUAAACGUGUCAAAGAAAACAGCCUUAAAACAAAUGGUUGGUUGAGUCGCAGAGCCUGUUUCUUCUGCGCGUGCCCCGGGGCUGGUGGGACCUCCGCAGGACCGUUUGUGUCCUUGUCGAGGCAAAGGCCCCCCAUUCUGUGCGAACCUGGAACUUGUGCGUUAUCAUUUUUGUAUGGAGAAAUUAAAACUGGAGUUUUAUUUUACCAAACUAAGUAUUCCUAAAUUGUGCAACAUGGCACCUGUAUUAUCUUACGUUGCUGCUUUUCUUGAAUGUCCCGAGACGGAGAAUAUGUCCCUAGCAUGUGCCCUUGCAGCGUAAAGUGUUGUGGUAAUAAAUUUAGUAUUAUAAUAAAAUGGAAGUUGUACCCC